CUCUUCUUCACUUUACAGAGAAAACACAAACUUCUUCAUGGACCCCAGCAAUAAUAAUACUAGUAAAAAUGAUCAUGAUGCUAGUAAUGAUAACAAUAUCACAAUUGCCAAUGUGGUGUCGACCUUCAAGACUGGGUGCCACCUUGACCUACACACUAUUGCACUGAGGGGACGCAAUGUCAUCCAUCAGCCUAAAGGAGGAAAAGUGGUCAUGAAACUCCGUAAGCCCCUGAUAACAGCCACAAUUUCAUCCUCAGGUGGUGUAGUCUGUGCUGGAGCCAAGAGUGAGGCGGAGGCAAAAAUGGGUGCUCGCAGGGUAGCACGCUGUCUGCAAAAACUCGGCUUCAAGGUGACGUUUUCAGGCUUUAGGGUCGUGAAUGUGCUGGCGGUGUCCUCGGUGCCUUUCAGAAUCAACCUCAUACGCUUCACUAUGGAAAAUAAGCCCUUUGCCACUUAUGAGCCAGAGCUCUUCCCUGCUGCGAUAUACAAGAUCAAAAAUCCCAAAGCAACUUUGCAAGUGUACUCAACUGGCGCGAUCGUGGUCACGGGACCAAAUGUGAAGGACCUGAACAAAGGGUUUGAGCACACCUACCCGCGACUGUUUGAGUGUCAGAUACCCAGUGACGAGCCGCCAGAAAACCUUAAAACUGUCGUAAAAUGCCAAAGACGGCGAAAGAGGACUGAUGCAGAAUCAGAGAUGAAAAGAGAAGUGGGAGGCAAAGGGAAGAAAAGAGGGAGGGAAUUAAUACAACAUUACGGAUGCCAACCUGACCCUGAAUGGCUAAUCAGGACGAUGGGGUCGAUUCCUAGUGGGCCAGGCUGGGUGGUGGGUCACUGGGGUCAGAGAUCAAACCAACUGCAGAUGCAACCACACACAUCAGACGUAAACAGCGAGUGUUAUUCUGACCUGGCUGGUACGAUGGCACAACUUCAACAGUCUCACAAAUAAAUUUGUCAUUCUGACAAAUCAACGUGCGGCGAAGGCAUUGAUUCUUCUUAUGUAAAUGUGUCGUGUUGUUGUUUCAGGAUCGUCUCGAGCAGCACAGGAUCAUUGUCUUCAUUAUAAAUCAUUGAUAGUGGAAAGAACAUCUGCAGCAAAUUACUAAAUGAGAUUAGCUCGGACUAGGCGGAAGCGUGGGAAAGUUGAUUAAUGCUGCGCUGUCAAAACUGAGUCAUCUUCAUUUAACUAAGUGGACAAAACAUGAGGCUCCCAGAGGGUCCAUGUUUUCAUUGAGAGAGAAACAACAUGUAGAAUCUAACCCAUGUUGAUUCUGUCACAAUAAUAAAAACGGAUCAGUAUCACGUUAUACAAAUAUAUAUUUCAUAGUUUAUUGUUAAAAAAAAUGGUCUGUUUCACAUAUUGUAGGAACCAAGGGGGUCACAACAAACCCAUGUUGGUUGCAGUUAAGAUAGAACAUUUCAAAUGCACUAUAAAGUGCUUUUGAGAUUUCCCACAUUUUGUGUCCAUCUUGUCAUAGGAAAAUUCAAAGUAGAGUAAAUAUGUU